GCGCCGCGCGCUCAUCCCGGAGGGGCCCUUGCAACCUCUCCGCGCGAAGACCGCUCCAGCCCUGCAGGGAAAGAAAAGUAACUUCGCUUUUCUCGGAGGAACCAGGAAGGAUUAAGCGGCCUAGGAGAGGGCAGGAGCGCGCGGAGGGUGGAAUGAUUGUGGACUGAGACGCACUCGGGCAGAGACUAUGUAAUCGCCUUGGUGUCUGUGCAGAGGACUGCGCUUCGGGGAGGGAAGAGGAGGGAUCGGCUCGCUCCUCGGCGACUCGGCAGGCGGAGUUUCGCAGCGGCACCAGGGUUGCGCCCGCCCGCGGGGAGGUCGCUCCAUCCAGCCCCGGCGGCCGCGAGAGCCCGAGCGCCGGAUCGCGGUAGUCGCAGGGGUGAGGGAGAGCGAGACCGAGCUCCGGGGCGCGAGGGAGCGGGCGGAGGAGUCCGAGAGGAGGCGAGCGGCGGCCGCGAGCGAGCCGAGCGAGCCCCCCGCCCGCCCCAGCGGCGCCGCGCCGGGCGGUGUCCGGGCGGCAUGGAGAAGGACGGCCUGAGCCGCGCCGACCAGCAGUACGAGUGCGUGGCGGAGAUCGGGGAGGGCGCCUAUGGGAAGGUGUUCAAGGCCCGGGACCUGAAGAACGGAGGCCGUUUCGUGGCGCUGAAGCGCGUGCGGGUGCAGACGGGCGAGGAGGGCAUGCCGCUCUCCACCAUCCGCGAGGUGGCGGUGCUGAGGCACCUGGAGACCUUCGAGCACCCCAACGUGGUCAGGUUGUUUGAUGUGUGCACAGUGUCACGAACAGACAGAGAAACCAAACUAACAUUAGUGUUUGAACAUGUUGAUCAAGACUUGACCACUUAUUUGGAUAAAGUUCCAGAGCCUGGAGUGCCCACUGAAACCAUAAAGGAUAUGAUGUUUCAGCUUCUCCGAGGUCUGGACUUUCUUCAUUCUCACCGUGUAGUGCAUCGUGAUCUAAAACCACAGAACAUUCUGGUGACCAGCAAUGGACAAAUAAAACUGGCUGACUUCGGCCUUGCCCGCAUCUACAGUUUUCAGAUGGCUCUUACCUCAGUGGUCGUCACGCUGUGGUACAGAGCUCCAGAAGUCUUGCUUCAGUCCAGCUACGCCACCCCUGUGGACCUCUGGAGUGUUGGCUGCAUAUUUGCAGAAAUGUUUCGUAGAAAGCCUCUUUUUCGUGGCAGUUCAGAUGUCGACCAACUAGGAAAAAUCUUGGAUGUAAUUGGACUCCCAGGAGAAGAGGACUGGCCUAGAGAUGUUGCCCUUCCCAGGCAGGCUUUUCACUCAAAAUCUCCUCAACCCAUUGAGAAGUUUGUAACAGAUAUUGAUGAACUAGGCAAAGACCUACUUCUGAAGUGCUUGACAUUUAAUCCAGCCAAAAGAAUAUCUGCCUACAGUGCCCUGUCUCACCCAUACUUCCACGACCUGGAGAGGUGCAAGGAGAACCUAGAUUCCCAUCUGCCGCCCAGCCAGAACACCUCAGAGAUGAAUACAGCCUGAGGUCCCAGCCGCUCCCUUGAGCCGAUCAUCCGAAGACACCUUUGGUGGCUGAUGGGUCCCCCUGAGUAAGCCGGGCAGAGCUGCUGAGGAUCACUGGCUGGAGACCUUCUAGUUGCCGUCUUCUGGAUGGGCUCUGCUUCUCCACGGAAACCGUCUAGUUUACUGUUUUGAAAUCAAUGCAAGAGCGAUUGCAGCUUUAUGUUCAUUCAUUUGUUUGUUUGUGUGUUUGUUUGUUUCAAGAACCUGGAAAAAUUCCAGAAGAAGAGAAGCUGCUGACCAAUUGUGCUGCCGUUUCAUUUUUCUAACCUUGAGUGCUGCCAGUGUGAAGUGAAAGCUGAGUUAUGACGUAAUCUCUCUGCAGCUGCCGGAGCCUGAUUUGGUACUUUUGAGUGAGAGAGUGUGUGUGUGCGCGUGUGUGCGUGUGUGUGUGACUCUUGAUCUCUUAAAGUGUUACUUUCUGUAAACGACAAGAGUAAUUGAAUUUUAAAGACUCAAAGUUAUGGAUAAAUAACAGAUGUCUGUCGACUGAAGGUGUCUCACCAAAAUGAGCUUCUCAAAUUAGAAAGUUGAUCCUAUGUCCUCAGCAUUUCUUUUCUGGCCAAAAGCAGUAAAUUUACUAGCAGUAAAAGGUUCACUACUAGAUGAGGUUUUAUACACACAGCAAAAA